GGGGUUGACGGCGCGCGGCGGAAGGGCGGCGGUGCGCAUGCGCGCCGGCCGUGCCCGCGGGCGCAGGAGGGCGCGGGGGAUGUCGGCCACGUGCGCCGUGUCCCAGGAAGUGCCGCUGCCGAGGCCGCGUCCCCAGGGCGAGAGGGAGCCGCCCGCCAAGGUGAUGCGCAGGGGGCUGCGGCGAGGCCGCGAGGAGGAGCGGGAGCAACUGCCGUGGCCGGGAGAGAGCGGGAGCAGCAUGGGCGCGGAGGCUGAGGCGGAGCGGGCGACACCGCUGAGCGACGAGGGGCGGAGGCGGCAGCCUCUGGAGCCGAGGGCGCCGACGACGGCGUCGGCCAGGGCGGUGGAGGAGGAGGAACGUCUGGAGCGGGAGCAUUUUCGGAGGAUCAUCAACGCUUUCCGAUACUACGGAACGAAUAUGCAUGAACGAGUGAACAGAACAGAGAGGCAGUUUAAGUCUCUCCCAGCUAACCAGCAGAGUCUUCUUCCUCAAUUUCUUCCUCACCUUGACAAGAUUCGGAAGUGCAUUGAUCAUAAUCAAGAAGUACUACAAACCAUUGUGAAUGACUGUGUUCAUAUGUUUGAAAAUAAGGAAUACGGAGAAGAUGGAAGUGGGAAGAUUACACCAGCUUCAACAUUUGACAUGGAUAAAUUAAAGUCCACAUUGAAACAAUUUGUGAGAGACUGGAGUGAAGAGGGAAAGUCUGAGAGGGAUUCCUGCUACCAGCCAAUUAUUAGUGAAAUUAUAAAGAACUUUCCAAAAGAAAAAUGGGAUUUCUCCAAAGUUAAUAUCCUGGUACCUGGUGCUGGGCUAGGUAGAUUGGCGUGGGAAAUAGCUAUGCUCGGUUAUGCUUGCCAAGGAAAUGAAUGGAGCCUCUUUAUGCUCUUUUCUUCUAACUUUGUACUCAACAGAUGCUCUCGAAUUAAUUCAUGUAAGCUUUAUCCCUGGAUUCAUCAAUUUAGUAAUAACAGAAGAUCUGCUGAUCAGAUACGACCAAUUUAUUUCCCAGAUGUUGAUCCUCACAGUCUUCCUUCUGGUUCAAACUUCUCUAUGACAGCAGGGGAUUUUCAGGAAAUUUAUUCUGAGUGCAAUACGUGGGACUGUGUAGCUACUUGCUUUUUCAUAGAUACAGCACAUAAUGUUAUUGAUUAUAUUGAUACUAUAUGGAAAAUACUAAAGCCUGGAGGAAUAUGGAUAAAUGUAGGUCCUCUCCUUUACCAUUUCGAAAACUUGGGAAAUGAACUUUCCAUAGAAUUAAGCUAUGAGGAUAUAAAAAAUGUUAUCUUGCAAUAUGGAUUCCAUAUAGAGGUGGAGAAAGAAUCUGUACUGUCAACUUACACUGUGAAUGAACUCUCCAUGAUGAAAUACUACUAUGAAUGUGUGUUGUUUGUGGUGAGAAAACCAGAAUAGGAGUGGUUUGAAUAGGUUAAUGAGAAAAUAAUAUUAGCUUGAAAGCUAGAAAUGAGAAUAAAAUCAUCUGGUGAUGUAUGGACAUAACCUCAAAUCCGUGGUGCCUUCUUGUUCCUAAGAGGAUAUAGAUAGUGUCUAUUUUCUUAAUAACUCUAUUGCUAUUCAGACAUAUACUAUGCCAUGGAUAUUCAUAAUACACUUGUGAAAGAUUAAAUGUUCACAUGCACUGUCUUUGUGCUUUGGAAUGCAUUAAUAUAAAAACAAAAGUGUUUUCUUGAGAAUAAAAUUUAAUGUUUGCCAUAACUAGGCUAAUUCUCUGCUAAUGCUGCCUCAUUUUCAUAGAGUUACAGUGCUUUUUUCCCUACUUGAUGAUAUUAGGAAUGCAUGGAGGUGCUUACUGUACUAGCUGUAUCACUUUUAGAGAAGUAUUUGUAAAUGUAUACUUAAAUUAUGAAGUCUCAAAUAGUUGGGAAGUGGUAAAAUUAUUCUUGACAGAUAAAAUAGUCUUCAGAACUGUUAGAGCAUUUCCUGUGCAACUGAAGUAAAAUAGAAUAUGAUACAAAUUCUUAUCUUUGGCUGUACCACUGUUAAAGGUCUAACCAAAAACCAGGAAAUUAAAAAUGCUGUGUGAAAGCAGAACAGUGAGUGAAGAAAAAACAGACUAUCACAGAGAAGCAGUGUUAACCUCAGUUCAGGAAAACACCGGUCUGGAUUAAUCUUAGUGUUGGAACUGAAAUGUGUUAGAUGCUUUGCCGUCUUGAAAUAACACUGAUUUUGAGUCAUCUUCUUAGUGUUUAAGCCAGAACUUUUAAAGUUGAUAAACAUAGCUGAGUUAUCCAUGCCACAUGUAGGUAGUACAACAUAAAAAUACCUGUCAGAGCAGUGAAGUUACAGGUAAAUAUGUGCUAUAAUCUAAUUACUUCCACCUGAGCCAGGAUAUGCAGGCCAGAUAGACAAUUUCCUUGUAACUUCAGACACCUUACGCUUGUGACGUCUUGGUUCCUCCUAGUAAUGUGGUUUUUUCCCACCUAAUAUAUGUGGCUUAGGUGAAUAUUUAAUCUACAAGUCAUGAUACUAUACAAGAAGCUGUCAUGUCACAUACAAUCUCAUGUCACUUUGAAGUUAUGUAAGAAAUGAGAAAAAACAUAAUUAACAGUUACUAGUCCGAGAUGAGGUGUCAUGUUAAGCAUUCUGUUUGCAUAAUAUAUUGAUUACUGUAAGUGCCAUUUGGAUGCAUUUUCAAAAAUACAUUUAAAAUAUAAAACCAUUAUGAUGAGGGCUGAUUUUUUUUUUUUUCUUCUUGGGCUAAAAGGACGCUGGUCAGUAUGUGGUUUGUUUCCAAUUACUUUUUGUCCUGUCUUUCAUGGUGAUGUCCUAAUCACAUCUCUUUAAUAGAUUUGUUAUAGGCUUUUCAGUUUUUCUAAUCAAGGCCAGAAAUUUGUGUCUUUAUUCCUAAAUUGAAAAUCUGCAAGGAGGGAAAACAAACUUUUUAAAAAAAAUAUUUUCAACACUGCGUAAGAGAGCGCGUGCUUGUAUAUGUUUCAGUAUUACGCUCCCUUCUGCUCAGAAUCCUGAUUGAGAACAGAGGCUACUGGUCUACAGAAGUUUUUAAGUUUGGCUUAAACUACUGUUCUUUGAACUCUUAUUUCUAAAAGUGCAUGAACUGUCAAAGUUCUUCCCUGUUCCAAGGGAGAUGUGUUUAAAGAUUAAACACUGCUAUUCAGCAAAUAAUUUAAAAGUCCUUUGUAACUAAACGUAAAAAACCACAUGCUUUAAUUUCCAAAUCUGUCAUGGUUUGACAGGAAGGUGUAUUUGGGAAGGGGUAUUUUCAUGGGGGUGCUGGCAUUGCGCCAGCAUCAAACCGUGACAGCAUCGUACUAUUUAAUUUUUGAGAAAAUUUGCGAUUCUUUGCUUUCAUUAUGCUUUUCUUCUCUUAGAUAGAAUAUGAUUAGUAAUUUAGUUGAUUUUCAAGCUUCUUGAAAUAAGGCAGAGGUUAGCUGAAUGUCAAUGAAGCUGAUGCUGAGUAGCAUAUCUAUCUCUAAUACUACCCAGUUACUGCCCCUUACACAGUCUGUAACUUGAAAUGUGCUGUUCUGUUUUUCAAAAAAAAGCAAUGGAACUCUUCAUUUAUGGUUAAGUGUCAAUAUCCUGUGUUCUGGUGGUUUUUUUUCCAUACCGCUUCAUGUUGUCAUAGAUGCCAUUUUUGUAUGUUCUCUGACAAUAUUUUUAUAUAUGGUAUAAUACAGCGAUGUGCUUCUAUUUCUGAUCUAGAAAAUGCUGGGUUUUUUUUCCAGAGCAUUCUGCUUUUAAAUUGCAACAGUCACAUUAAGAGUUGGAAGCAAAAUAAUCUUGUGAAUGAGCUGUCAGUAGUGUUUUAUCUUCAGUCCCAUUUUUGAGUUCUUAGAAUUCACCACUUGUAUUGUAAUGCACAGGGAUAAUUGUGUAUUAGAGAAUUUGAUCAUUGUUUUAUUUAGUUUUAUAUGCAGGAGGAAAUGCUCCAGGUGUUCAUCAGCUAAGACUGUUUUAUUUUAGAUCACUAUUAAACUAUACAUGGUAACAGGUGUAAAAUAAAAUGCUGCAUAAUCUUCAGCAUAAAACUUCUUUAUAUGGAGUUUGAUAAGUGUGAAGUGUCCUGUAUUUUUUUUUCAAUGUGUUACAUUCUAAAAUUGGUUGCAAAGAUGGUAAGAAUGGGAAGUUUCAUGUCUCUGUGUGCACUUCCCACAGUUUUCAGUGUGUGUAAUUGUGAAAAAUGCAUAUGAUUUGCAAAUAUUAAAAUGAAUACUACGUGUGUUAUGUUGAAAAGUUAUGCUGUAUUAAUCUCUUUUAAGUAGUGUGGUAAAUAUAGUUUUUAGGCUAUAGCAUAAUAUUAAAAUAGAAACUAUGUGAUGUAAGAUACUUUUUUGUAACUAGCUCAAGGAAUGGAAAAGAUAAUCAAGAAAUUCCUUGCAUUAUCCUAUUUGGAUAUAGAUAAUAGCAGCAAGACACCAAAAUCUCAAGAGAAGAAUUAUUGCCUCCUUAUCAGGACUAUUCAGACUUUUUCCAGACUUCAAAGAGCCAAAAGAAUUGAUUUACAAGAUUGGGGGCGGGGGGGGGGGGGGCAGAAAUUAAGCAGAAGACAUCCUUUGUUUGAAAAGACUAUUUGCAUUAUGUAUGAGAUCUAUGAAUAUGCAACAGGCUAUUGCUUUUAAGGGUUAAUCCUUUGUUAGUGAAGUGUGUUUCUAUUUAUGAUAGUAAUGCAAUGAUUGACUCUCACAAUUAACAGACAAAUAUCAUGUAUAUUGGUUAAGAAAAGUUUUAUAGAUUUAUAGUUAUGUUUUACCCCCUCGCGUUGUUAUCAAGAGACAUCCGGGGUUGGGACAGCUGGGAGGGUUGGCUUGUCACUGUGGCGACAUGUGACCUCCCAUCAGGAUAUGAGGAACUCAUCUCCACCACUGGACAGCAAAGAACAUUGGGAGGGGGUUAAAGGGUUAAAAGGCGAAACCUCCAUUGUGUGGGCGAGCACAUGGUGGGGAUAAUCCAUUGCUCCCGGCGCUGUAACAUUUUCUCUAUUCAGUCUUCUGUUGUAUUUUUGAUACGGUUUAAUAAAUCUUUCUAAAAUUA